UUCAUAACUAUCAGGACCUUAAUACUCUCUAGAAUAUCCUGUAUUUUUAUAAGCUGAAAGUAGUUUCAGUCCCUAAUGCUUUCCAGUUAUUUUUGUUUCUUAUAGAAAGCAUCUGUCCGUUAAAACCAAGUGAGAAAGAAAGAAAGAAAGAGAAAACAAAUUAAAAAAGAAGGAUCUUGUUUUGUUAUUCUUACAUUAGGCAAUGCUGUACAGGUGAUUCAAACUAUUUCUUCUGAUCUUGAACAUACAGUACUCAAGGCUACCAAAAGAGCACAGCCUAGUGGCUGCUUUCCUGCAAGCAUAUUGUUGUGGACUAUUUGAAGAAAUAGAAUGUUAAAAAUGUUUCAUGGUUGGAAGCAUGAAAAGGGAAAGCAAUGAGUCACAGAAAAUCCUUGAAAACACCAAAUAAUUGAGCUGGUAACUGAUACAUGGGCUGAUGCAUUCCAUCAGAUUCCUGGGACUGCAUUUGAACAUGUAAAGGAUCAUGGCUGAAACUGCAGUUUGCCUUGGCACAUUCACUGCUGUGAAGACACUUUGGGAAGUGAGAAUACACAAGAUAAAUGAAGAAUUACAGAAAGAAAAGGAAUUCAGGCAGAGGUCUGCAGGAAGGCUACUGCUUGUCUGGGAGGAAAGAGCUGCUUUGGCAAAGCUCAAAGAAAGAGUUAUUAAUGAAGGUGGAAGAGCAAUUUUAAGGAUAGAGGAAGAAGAAUGGAAGACACUACCUUCGUGCUUACUGAAACUAGUCCAUCUCCAGGAAUGGCAGCUUCAUAGAACUAGUCUGCAGAAAAUUCCUCAAUUUAUUGGAAGAUUUCAGAGUCUUGUUGUUCUGGAUCUAUCCCGGAACUCAAUUGAAAGUGUACCUAAGGAAAUUGGCCAGCUGACCAGCCUCCAAGAGCUGCUUCUCAGUUACAAUAGAAUAAAGUCUGUUCCAAAGGAAAUAAGUAACUGCAUCAGUCUGGAAAGAUUGGAACUGGCUGUCAACAGGAAUAUCUGUGAUCUUCCUCCUCAGCUCAGUGAUUUAAAGAAGCUUUCACACAUAGAUUUGUGCAUGAAUCAGUUUACUACCAUCCCUUCAGCUCUCCUCAACAUGCCACAUCUAGAAUGGUUAGAUAUGGGGGGAAAUAAACUCCAGGAGCUUCCUGAUGCAAUUGACAGAAUGGAAAAUCUCCACACUUUAUGGCUCCAAAGGAAUGAGAUAAACUCUUUGCCAGAAACCAUUUGUAAUAUGAAAAAUCUUAGUACUCUUGUUCUUAGCAACAACAAGCUUAAGGAUAUUCCAGCUUGUAUGAAGGAUAUGACAAAUCUGAGAUUUGUCAACUUCAGAGACAACCCACUGGAGCUAGAGGUAACCCUCCCUCCGUGUGAGGAUACAGAGGAGGAGGAGCAGCAGGAAAUGUUCGGCAUUGAUUUCAUGCACAUGUAUAUCCAGGAGUCCCUCAAGAAAACAGGAAAUCUGGAAAGUUGUACUUCUGAUCCUCCUCUGAUCAUAAAUCCUAAUGAAUAAAGAAUGUAACUGAGAAUGGAAGACAAUACCAAGUAUACUUCUUCCCAGCAAAGAGGCCUACAACAGGUGUCAAAUAUUCUUAGGGAUUUUAUUUUUCCACUGAUGAGAACUGGUUUGCAUAUGUGUAAUUCCCAGUGACACUGGGAAAUAUAAAACCUUUUCCUGGGUACAGGAAAGACUAAAACAUUUUUUUUUUGUAAACACUGAAUUAGCUUUUUAAAAAAAUCCAGAUAAGUUUUUUAGGUUUUUUUUUCCCCUAACAAUUCCAAAUUAUCUCCUGUCAUGUAGUUGGCUCUGUUAUCAAAAAUGGACUUGGGACAGCUGUCAACAGGACAUUCUCCAAGGAUACAGCAGACUCUGUGUAAUACUGUAGUGCAGCCUUGUAUCCUUGUUGUUGUAAAUAUUCAAUCCGUCCGUGAUCAAUCAGCCGUUUACAGAGGCAACCUAUCUCCUUUCGUUCUUCAACAGUAAGUAUCCUAGUGAAUAAAAGGGAGGAAAAGAAUGAACAACAUCUGUCAGAGGAAUAGUUUGGUUAGUUAACAUUAGUAGUUAAGCUUAGAGAAACUACUGAAAUCACUGUAAGUUCAUUUCAGUCAGGCAACUGUGACUGUUGAUAUAUUUUGAAAUGUACAUCUAUAAAACCUGUAUUUUUAAAGUAAAGUAUUUCUGUAAGUUCAGUAAUAA